CGACGCAUAGUGAGGAAACUUCAUUAUUUUUGCGUGUGUCAGACACACCUCUCGCCAUUGGCGCUGUUUGAUAAAGACAAGUAGCCGCAUACUUCCUCCAACUAACAGCAGAGUCACUCUUCCUCUGUCGCUCUCUCGCCAUCUCGACAUCCUUCUCUUCCGCACUUCGCACGGACUAUCAAAUCCUUCGCCAUGCCUCACUCGUACCCAUUCCUGAGCACUGAGCAGAAGAAGGAGCUGUCGGACAUCGCCCAGAGGAUCGUUGCCCCCGGAAAAGGCAUCCUCGCAGCUGACGAGUCCACAGGAAGCGUUGCUAAGCGAUUCCAGAGCAUCAAUGCCGACAACACAGAGGAGAACCGCCGCCUGUACCGGCAGCUGCUCUUCACAGCGGACGAGAUCGAGCCCUGCAUCGGCGGCGUGAUCUUCUUCCACGAGACGCUCUACCAGAAGACGGACGACGGCAAGCCCUUCCCCCAGCUGGUCAAGGAGCGCGGCAUGGUGGUGGGCAUCAAGGUGGACAAGGGCGUUGUGCCCCUCGCCGGCACCAACGGAGAGACCACCACCCAGGGUCUGGAUGGCCUGUAUGAGCGCUGUGCCCAGUACAAGAAGGACGGUGCCGACUUCGCCAAGUGGCGCUGCGUGCUGAAGAUCACAGACAACACCCCCUCCAACCUCGCCAUCAUCGAGAACGCCAACGUGCUCGCACGCUACGCCAGCAUCUGCCAGAUGCAUGGAAUCGUGCCCAUCGUUGAGCCUGAGAUUCUUCCUGACGGAGACCACGACCUCGCCAGGUGCCAGUACAUCACCGAGAAGGUGCUGGCGGCGGUCUACAAGGCGCUGUCUGACCACCACGUCUACCUGGAGGGCACCCUGCUGAAGCCCAACAUGGUGACGGCCGGCCACUCCAGCGGCCAGAAGAACGCCCCCCAGGAGAUCGCCAUGGCGACCGUCACCGCCCUGCGACGCACCGUGCCCCCCGCAGUGCCCGGCGUGACGUUCCUGUCCGGUGGCCAGAGUGAGGAGGAGGCCACCCUGAACCUGAACGCCAUGAACCAGUGUCCCCUGGGCCGGCCCUGGGCCCUGACCUUCAGCUACGGCCGCGCCCUGCAGGCCUCCGCCCUCAAGGCCUGGAGCGGCAAGCCCGAGAACAGCAAAGCCUGCCAGCAGGAGUUCAUCAUGCGAGCAAAGAAUAACAGCCAGGCUGCGCUGGGCAAGUACGUCUCCAAGGGCGACAGCGGAGCUGCGGCUGGAGAGUCUCUCUACGUAGCCAACCACGCCUACUAAACUCUCACACACAGACACACUCACACUUACUGUGAACACACACAAGCACACACUGUAACGUUUUUAACACAUACAAACACACACACACACUUAUUUAACACACAUACACUUCAUGGUUCAACACACACACACAAUCAGUAAACCGCACACACACCCUAACUCUACACGACCUUACUACUAAAACACACACCACUAUACUGUAUUCUACACAAAUCACAUCUAAGUAACGGUUGGCAUUCCACCCCCCACCCCCAUCUCGUGUUCUACUCAGAGCGUUCUAGAACAUGACCUUCAACCAUCUCUCUAGUUCUAGAACACAUCCUUCUCUUUAGUGGUGACCCCCCUUCUCCCCGCAAUCACUCCUAGGGAAGCUGUGUGUGGCUGUGCGUGUGUGCUCUCACAGUGUAUUACAGGUUCAGCGGUGUGUGUGUGUGUGUGUUUGUGUGUGUAAGUAAGAGCUCUCGCUGUGUUCUCCUACAGUGCAGCAUGCGCUUAUGUCUCUUGUGUGUGUGUAUCAGUGUGUGUUUGUGUGCGUGUCUGUGUGCGCUGAUCCACGAUGUACUCUUUGACUCUCAAACAUAGCCAGUAGUGUGGUGGCUGCGUGCCUACAUACACACACACACACACACACACGGGUGCGCGCCUAAGGACAUUAGUGUGAGGGGUUUGUGUGCGUGUGUGUGUCUCUGUUGUGUUGAGGCAUGCACACACACACACACAUGCACUGAGCGGUGAGGGGUGUGUGCGUGUGCGCGUACGCAAGUGUGUUUCUGUUGCCAGUUUCUCUAGCUGUGUCUAGAUGGCACAGAUCCUGUGGACAACCCCCACCCCCCCUCCUUCCUGACCCCUUUGUCCGCCAUCUUCUUCCCCUGUAAUUUCAUCAUUCCCAUCAUAUGCUGUGCUGUGCUACACUGCCCCCGGUGGUCAAUCUAGAGAGCUGCAGCUCAGAGGCACCAUCUGGUGGAAUUAGAGGAGCAUUGCAGUCGAAGGCGCUCUAACUGCUGACUGAUGAAGAAAUAAAUAAAAUAAUACAUCAAAUAAUUACGUACCUUUGUUUGUUUGUUUGUUUGUUUGCUCUUGUUGUUGUUGUUAUUGUUGACGUUGUUGUGUAGUGACGCUUGCACAGCACCAGCUAAAUUAAUUAAAUGGUACUUACUCACCA